GGAAGCGACCACCAGCCAGUGUCUUUCCCGACAGUCAGCGCUUAACGCCACCUCUCUGCAUUGCAAUCCCUCCCCACCCCACCCCCAGACACGAUGCAGCUCCGCCUCGCCCUCUUCGCUCUCUUUUGCUCGGCUGUCUUCUCUGACCACCAUGGGGCACCCGUAAGCAUGGACAGAUGGCAAUAAGGACGGCUGAACGGCAGGUUUUUCGUUUGCUCCCUGUGUGUGUCUGCUCAGGAAAAGAGAUGUCGCAAGGCGAUUGACAAGCAGAGAGUGGAGGGCAUCGCCGAAUCGCUCGGAUUGACAAGCAGCUACCUUCAGACAAAGAGCCCCCUCGACCUCGUCCCCCCCUCCGGCAGCGGCUGCGCUAAUGCGCCCAACCAGGGCUGCUGCCAAGCCUUCACAAUGGCCACCACCAAACUCGCCGAAGGCGUCGCCAGUAAGGGGAAUCGUUGCACAUGAGCGGAUGGAUGGUCUAUCGCUGCCUGCGUCGCUUCACAUGUGUGGAUACGCAGGCCAGGGUGAGAUAUGCUCUUCGUUGGCGACAAACUUCACGAAGAUCCUGGAGCUGGCCUCGUCCGAGACACUCCUCAGCACCGUUUGCGAUGCAUCCACGGGUGCUGACACAUCGACGGAUACAGCACGUACCCUAAGGACGAUGUCAUGCUGCUUUCGUCGUGUCAGGCUGCUAUGCCCAAGCGAUGGAGGCCCUCAAGGAGGGGAUGAACAACGCCACUGGCAAGGGAGCUGGCUGCGCCCAUGCUCGCAAAAUCACCACCGUCUUCGACUCCAUCUGCAAAAAGGUCACAGAGAAGGGAGAAGGGCAGGCAGUAGGAUCCUUACUGCGAUUCUCCGUCUGUGUGCGUUGUUCAGGAUGCUGGGCCGUGGUGCCUGUCCAAGUACGCUGAGCACCUGGAGAUCCUCGAGACCGUCACUGUCGACCACGGUAACAAAAGAGGGAAUGGGGAAGCUGUUCGUCCGUUUUAUCUAUCUAACCUGUCCCCUUCUUAUCCAUCCUGCAGCACCCCUGAACGAGAGUGUUGUCAACCUGGCCGCCCUGUGUGCGAAUCCUUGCUGGUACAGCAACACCAGGCUGCUUCUCGGCGUCAUGGGCGGCAAGCCCAAGGACGUCAGGGGCAACAAGACGCCCCGGGGCAAGGCUCAGGACUACAAGAUGAUGUGUGCCAGGGUGGGCAGGAGGGAGAAGAAAACGCACAAACAUCAGUACGCAAGGAGACGCUCUGUCUGUCUGUCUGUCUGUCGGACCGCUUCUUCCGUCAGGCUGGCAAGACCUACUGGUACGUCAAUGGAUGGAUGGAUGGACGGAUGGAUGGGCGCACACACACACACACACACACAACCAACACACACACACAAUACAUACGCUCUUGUGUCUGUGUGUGUCAGCUGGAACAAGGUCGGUCAUCCACAGACGCAAACAGAGGGAGACGCCUGCGAUUGAGCCUGGCUGGAUGGUACACACACCUGAGCUAUGCAUGUUGUGCAGUUCGUCGACUUGCUCCCUGAGCCCGCAGAGGGCGCCAAGGGCGACGCUCCACCAGCCUGCGACAUGACUGCAAUGAACGGCACGGACAUGACACAGGGGAAUGCCUCAAUGGACGCCAUGAGGGAGGCGGCCAAGAAACAGCCGGGAGACAAGGGCGUCAAGGGCGUGGCAGAGCGACUGCAGCAAAUCCAGACUAGUAACGAAGACCUGGCAAUCUGAUGCCCCCCCCCUGUGUUGUGAUGGGUUUGUCUAUCGUCAGGCGACUGCGAGGGCAUCAACGCAAGGAUCGACGAGUACGGCUGUUGUGCCGGUCUCUACUACCAGUCCUUUGUCAGCAAGCACCGUGAGGCCAAGCAGUCGCCCAAGCUCCGUGAGCUCCAGACGCCCACAGAGGCUGCCAAGGAACCAAAGGUGUGCGUUCCAUGUGUUGAGAUCAGUCGACAUCGGCACGUGUCUCUCCUCUUCUGUUGUCCCAUCAGGAUGACGCGAAGACCACUCCCCUGCCGUCAGGUGAGGCGGGCGAGGAGGCCAAGAAUGAGGCCAAGGCCGAGGCGAAGACCGAGGGCAAGAGUGAUGCCAAGGAGAACCGCUUCAAGACGCCUGAGGGCCCGGCUGCCGCCAGCGGAUGCAAGGACAUCUUCACCAAGUGCCCCGUGUUGUCCAAGGCCAAGAGGUACGAGCUCAAGACCCGCGUGGGCGGCCUGUCGGAGCAGAAACUCAAGAACAACUGCGUCACCAGCCAGGUGAAAUGACACCCACACAUGGAGGAGAGAGACACAGUACCAAGGCGAGGCUGUUGUUCCUUUCUCAGGAGUUGGCGACCAACCUGGAGGAGAACAUGGAGGAGAGCGUCGACUGCGAGGGCUGCGAGUACGACUUUUGCGUGGGAUCGUAUAACCUCAUGUCGUGCCAAGACUCGCCCACCUGCACCGGCGAGACGUCCGACGCCGCCACCGCCCGCCUCCUCGUCACCAAGCCCGUCUUCCUCCGACUCAGAAGGCUGCAGACCGCCGUCAGACACACAAGACACACGGACAAUCACCAAAUGGAUUUGUCUUUAUGGCGCCUUGUUUGGUUGUGUAUGCAGGAUGACAGUGUGGACGUGACGACUGUGAUCCAGACGGUGAAUGCCACGGACGACGGGCUGGACACGGCCCUUGAGAUGGCCGAGGCGAGUGGCGACCUCGACGCUGCUGUGGGGGAGGCACUCGACGAGACAACCACUCUCGACACUGUGGUGGAGGGCAACGCCACACUCACCGUCGACACGGACGACAGCAUCCCCACAGCUGAAGUGGUCAGCAAACACACACCCACACAGGGGAUCCCCUGGCCAUUCACCCAUUUCUGUGCCUUGCGUGUGCAGGUUGAGGUCAUUUACGACGACCCCACUGUCGACCCCCUUAACCCCCCCUCCCAGCAGACCACCGCGGCGCCAGCACCCACUAACAACAACAACAACAACGAUGACGACGACUCUGGCGCCCUGGCCCUCUCGGCGUCCCUCCUCCCUCUUGCUCUAUGCAGUGCGGUCUUCGUUGCUCUCUUCUGAACCACACACAUUAGCUGACAGGCGUGUGCGUAGAUAAUCCACUGACAAGCUGCUGAUGUCUCUUCCUCGUUCUGUAGAGUUUAGUUUUGCACACGUAGCCACAUUGACGUGCAAGGCACGUAGCGUAGUCUCGGCCAUGCUUUGUGGACAGCCACACACACAUACAUGUAGCGCAGUCCAUAUGGUGGUCAUGCAUGUAUCAACAC